GGUGCGGUGUGGCUGGGUGUGCAGUGUGGCGUAUGAGAGCGGUGGUACGGUCAGCGCUGCGCCGCUCUGCCCGGUGUUGUACGCCUGCGUGGAGCCGACAGUCUACUCUCUCGCUCACUGUCACAGCGGACGUGCACUGCACAGCUUUGUCUUCUGUUUAGUGGGGCUGUGCGGCGUAAGACAUCGCGGUGAUGGAGUGCCCAGUGAAGCUGUUCGACGUAGACGAUGACAGCGGCAAGCUCGUGCUGCAAGAGGCGGCGCUGCAAGAGGUGCUGCUGGCAGAUGACGUCAGAGACGCGCCUGUUAUCCCCGUGUCCGUGACGGGGCCUUUCCGCAAGGGCAAGUCGUCGCUGUUGAACGUGUUGCUGCGCUUCCUGCGCGCUGGCGGCGGUGACGGCAACGAAGGCGGCGACGGCGGUGACGGUGCCUGGCUGGACGCGGACGACGCGACGUCGCCGGGUUUCCCCUGCCGCGGCGGCCGGCACCCGGUCACCCGUGGCAUCGACAUUUGGCCGCAGCCGUUGCCGGUCACACUGGCCUCGGGUCAGCCGGCGUUCGUGCUGCUACUCGACUCACAGGGUGCUUUCGACGCCGAGUCGACGCAGCACGAGAGCGUUACGGUGCGCGCGCUGGUCGGCCUGCUGAGCGCCGUGCAGGUGGUGCACGUGUCGCGCCAGCUUCAGGCGGACGACCUGGCCCAGCUGCGACUCUGCGCCGAGUACGGCCGGCUGAUAGCGGCGGCCGCCGGCCGGCCGGCUCGCCUCCAGCGGCUCGUCAUGCUCGUGCGCGACUGGGCGUUCCCGGAUGACGCGCCGUACGGGCACGACGGCGGACGCCAGGUGCUCGAGCACUGGCUACGGGGCGACGGUGCCGACGCGGCGGACGACGAAGGGGACCUGGCCGCGACCGUGGAGCGGCUGGAGUGUUUCCUGCUGCCGCGACCGGACCUGGCGGCGAUCGCCGGUGCCGAGGCUGGCGACGAUGUCGGGCAGCCGGCUGUCGAGUUCCGCACCCAGCUGUGCCGCCUGAUGCCGUGGCUGGUGGGGCCCGCGCAAGCGGAGCCGCGCCAGCUGGAGGGCCAGUCACUGACCGGCGCAGACCUAGCCGCUCUCUGCCGCCAGCUGGCCGCCGCUGCCGACGCGCCGCCGCCGCCGGAGAGCGCGGGCGACGCGCUGGCCGAGGAGGCCAGGCGGCGGGCCGAGGAGGCGGCACUGCGGACGUACCGCGCCCGGCUGGAGGAGACGGCUGGGCUUAGUCUGUACGAGGCGGCGAUGCUGCGCGCACUGCCCGAGUCCGGACCGAGCGUCAGCGACGAAGCACUGCUGGCCGGCCACGACGCCGGCGUGCGCAGCGCGCUGGAGCACUACGAGGCCGGCCACGACCCGCGGGAGGAGGCCGCCGCUGCCGCAGCAGCAGCAGCCGCCCUGCAGCACGCGCAGGCGCACUACGAGCGCCAGAUGGCACCGGCCGCCGGCCGGGAGGAGCCGGUCGUGCUACAGGCGCACGCUGGCGCGGCGGAUGCGGCGCGGGCGCUGGCUGGCGACUCGCAAGACCUGACGCACUGUCUCUGA